UCGGUAAUGGCGAAUGCAGCAAACAAAGACAUUUCAGAAAUGUCCAGGAAAGCAGCUACAAUAUUUGAUUGUUCAAUAUGUUUGGACGAGUUUAAAAAUCCAAAGUACCUGCCAUGUUUACACACAUAUUGUGAGACGUGUUUGCAAGCUUAUAUUGAAUCUACAGCAAAAACUGACGACAGAAAGACAUCUUUUGCUUGUCCUGUAUGUAGAUUGCCUGUAACCCUUCCCGAUUCUAGCAAUUAUACAUUUGGAACUAUCGCAAGCCAAUUACCCUUCAAUCAUCUUAUCUUCUCUUUGAUGACAGAUUCAAAAUCGAAGAAUAAAGUCUCAUACAGCUGUGAUCCAUGUGCACGUGUUGGAGAUGAUGUGAAAGCCAUGCAUUGGUGUCAGCAAUGUAACGAGUUGCUGUGCAGUCCAUGUCUUAAAAGUUUCCAUAACCGGCUGAAAGAUUCUGGAAAACAUAAAGUCUUGGCAAUUUCAGAGGGUCACAAAAUUCCCAAAUUACCUGACGAUGAGGUAAACGAACCUUGUGAUGCGCAUACCGGGAAGUUGUACGAAGUGUUUUGUUUAGACCAUUCUGAGAUGUGUUGCAUUAUCUGCUUGGCAGUAAAUCACCGCGAAUGUCGAAAUAUCAAACCUAUAGAGGAAGUUAUUGAGUUGUGUAUGGAAAAUAAAAUCGAGGUUGCAGUGAUUAAAGAUCUUAAUUGCAUAAAAAGACAAAUAACAGAAUUGAUAAAAAAUAAAAGGUACCAGAUAGUAAGAUUGAGUGCAGAAAAAGAAAGAAUUAUUUCAGAAUCCGAAUGCAGUAUUAACAAAGUUAUUGCCAAGCUAGAGAAGUUGAAAUCUGAAAUAAAAGCCAAUGUUUCUAAUACCUGUUUGUCUAAAGUUACACCAAUACAAGAACAAAUUGACAUAUUUUCUGGAUUCGAUGAAAAUAUUUCACAGAACGAAAGGUUCCUAACCACCGUGACAGACCAUGGAAAGGAUAAACAAGUCUUUCUCACUCUUCAAAAAAUCAAGAAAACGCUACACUUUCAGCGAAAAACGUUUGAAGAAGCUGCAGAAAAUGAUGAAACCGAUAACAGUAUAUUUGAACUCAUGCUGGACCAGUCACUGACGAACAUUUUAAUGAACAAGGAAAUUCCUUUUGACCUGAAUACAAAGCAGAUUAAAGGAUGGAAGGGUAAUUCGAAAACAGAAAUCAUUAAACAUCUAGAUAAAAUUGCCGAGCGAUUCGAUGGAAUACGAUCUUUAAAUAACAGAUCUCAAAGUAAAUACACAAAACAAACAGAUACUAAUUUGCAGGAAGAAAAAAAUCCUGACCAUACAUCCGUUAAAUCUAAUCAAACUGAGGCAGCUGGUUUUGCGCAUGAAGCUUUGUUUGAAAAUGAGGACGGUAUACUUCAAAUUUUUGAAGGAAACGAUCAAUCUGCAUCCAGUGAAGAAGAACAGGAUUCUUUAAAUUUACAUGACCGUUCGAUGAAAACUAUUUCAAGACGUCAUUCAAACCAGGAUCGGAGAAGAGGAAAAAGAGAAAAGAGACGGUUUCAGGAUAAAAACAAGCAUUAAAAUUUACUUGGUAAAAACAGUAAUCUUUUAAACUUGCAGUAUAUGUCUAAUUUUGUCAAGAUAUUUUUUUUAUCGAUUUGUGUAAUAGUUUAUUUCCCUAUUCUUUCGAGUAUGGCUAUUAUAAAGGAAAGGGAAAGUGUUUUAUUUCCAUUAAAUAGGCUCUCAAGGAGCAAAGUACAAUAUAAGACUUUAUAUCGAAAGUUUAACCACUGUAACCGUAAUCAUUUGACGUCCCCUCAAUAUAUUUUUGUAUGUAAUAGGGCAUAGCGUUACUGCUAUACAAAAGAUGGACUUCUUUCCGGUUGCGGUAAAAAGUCUUUCAAGCUCACUUAUGUUUUGGACAGAUAAAUGGAUUUGUUGAACUUGUUUAAAUAAAAGUAACCAAUGUUUCCAAUUGGACGAAAUGAAACCAGACAUAACCUUAUUUUUCAUAAUAACUCGAACGAUUCGGUCUUGGAAAUUGUUUUGUUUAACUAUAAACAUCAAGGUUAAUAUCAUGGUUCAUAUGAAUAUAACUACUUCAGUUAAGAUUCGUUCCGAACGGACAGAUUGUUUUAUAUGUCCUACGAUGAAUUAGUACUGCGAUAAGAAACUUUAUCUUAAAUGGUUUUAUGCAUAUCAACCCAUGUUUUGAAAUAAAUCGACACGAUAUACAUAUGCAAACUUUUAAAAAUGUGUUAUCUCUACAUUUUAAACGAUCACAUGCAUUUAUAUUCAUCUGAUCUACUAUUUCAUAUACUGUUUAAAAUAAUGUAGUAUUACGUAUUGACUGUUUAAUGUUGUUUUUUAAUGAAUAAAAAAAAUGGCCACUAUACAUAUUGGCCGGUAGGUAAAUCGACGGUGAUUUUCCUUACACAACACAAACAUCUCUAAAUUGAAACUUUUAUAUGACGAACGGAUUAAGUAAAUACUGAUAGAUUAUGAUUGAUAAGUUUGAAUUUGUUUUUUUAUCUAUCAAUUUUGACCUCAAUUUACAUGGACCUAUAUUUUAUGGUAUAUUGGUAAUAUAAAAUAUUUGUUUAAAAACAAGGUAGAGCUUCAUAUUCAUAAAACUGCCUUUGAAUAUAUAGAUUAGAAUAAUAUAAAAUAAAAUAGAAUAUUUGUAUUUGCCAAAUUAGGGAUCAAUGAUAGCGUAUAACAGGUAUAUAGGCAAUAGCAUCUUAAACAUUUUGCAGAUGGAAAAUACAAUAUUGACAAAAGGCAUGUAAUAAUGAUUUAUAAAAAAGGGGAAGUUUUUAAUUGUAUUUAAUGUAGAUCAGUUAAACUCUUGAAAAAUAUGUUAUAAUUAAAUAAAAGAUAAUAUAUGUAUUCAUUUUUUCUAACGCUCGGUACAGGGUAACUUUGUUUUCUUCUAAUUAUUAGUAUCUUUUAUAUCUUUACAAUUUACAAAAAGU